ACCCACUGCAUCAAACAGUCAACACUCACCUCAUAUUUUCUACUCAUGUCUGAACCAAUCAUACUAUACGAUAUCCCAACCCAAGUGCCCGGGAAAGCAUUGUCUGGAAACAUGUUCAAAGCAAGGUACACACUUGCUUACAAAGGUUUGGCCUACAAGUCCGUCUGGGUUGAAUCGCCCGAUGUCGAAGAACGGAUGAAGGCUAUCGGAGCCAAACCUACCGGGCUCAAACCUGACGGAAGCGAUUUCUACACGCUACCUACUAUCCAAGACCCUUCCACAGGUGCCGUUGUUUCCGACUCUUUCGCCAUCGCAGAAUACCUCGAGAAGACGUAUCCAUCAUCACCCGCUGUCUUCCCCCCCAACACUAAAGCCCUCAUCAGCAUAUUUGAUUCCGCUAUCAUGAACACUUUACGCCCUGUGUUCCCAGUGAUGUCCGCCAUAGGUACCUCUAAGUUGUACCCCAGGAGCGAGGAGUAUCUUAAGAAGCAGGCUGAGAUUAGAUUUGGUACAAAGUUUGAGGAUAUUUGUCCCGAAGGCCCAAAGCGAGAGGAGGGCUGGAAAAACAUAAAAGCGGCCUUCGGAGUCAUCGAUGGGUGGUAUUCAAAGAGCGGUGGUAAAUGGAUAAUGGGAGACACAUUCUCCUAUGCAGACGUCAUCGUCGCUGCAUGGAUGAGGAGCUUCAGCGUUGCCUUUGAUAAGGACCAGUGGGAGGAUAUGAAGUCGUGGAAUGGCGGACGCUGGGGCGGCAUAGUCGAAGAGAUCAACAAGUAUUCCAUUUUGGACUAAUGGAUGAGCAUCGCAGUUCCGUGAACAGCCAUAUGUCUACAUUUACUGAAUAUGUAUGGUGUUAACGAGCUCGAAUCGACUGCGCCAUUACAAU